CUUUCAUUUCCUCGAUCUUUCCUCCUCUCUCAUCUGCCUCUCUCUCUCCUCCAUUGAAGCGUACUCGACAUUCUCCAUUGAAGGGGCUUCUGAUUUGCAAGUGCACACCGUCGACCAUUGUUGGGUCUUCCUCUAAUUGUCGGUGCUAGUGAUGGUGGGUUCCAGCCUCUAAUUGUCUCAAGCACCACCGAAUUUGUUCGCAAGUGCCCACCGUCGACCAUUGCUGGUUCUGCCUGCUCCGGUCGCACGCACCACCGUCCUUGUGCUCCACCACCACCGCCCAACAUCUGACCAUCAGGAUAGAAAUGGAAAUUUAGCAUCCGGCACGAUUGCGAACCUUGUUGAUGAGCUUGGUGCUGUGGUUAUUUACAGAGAAGGACUUCCAAUGAAUGUAUCUGUCACCAUGUCUAUCUCCUAUGUGUCAACUGCCAAGGUUGAUUGCUGGGCUGUGCUAGAAAGUGACUUGGGAAAUACAAGGAAAGCAAGAGAACUAUUUGAUGCGGACUUUGCUGAUAAGAAGCACAUUGCAGCGUGGCAUGGAUGGGCAGUUUUGCAGCUAAAACAAGGUAAUAUUAAGAAGGCUAGGAAUCUUCUUGGCAAAGGUAAUAAAUACUGUGGUGGAAAUGAGUACGUAUACCAGACUCUCGCGUUGCUUGAAGCUAAGGCUAAUCGCUAUGAGCAGGCCAGCUACUUGUUUAGACAAGCCACAAGGUGUAACCCCAAAAGCUGUGCUAGUUGGCUUGCCUGGGCACAGUUAGAGAUGCAGCAGGAAAACAAUCAAGCUGCAUGUUAUUUGUUUAAGAAGUUGUUCAGGCUAGCCCAAAAAAUAGGUUUGCCUGGCAUGUAUGGGGGCUAUUUGAGGCUAAUCUUGGAAACAUUGACAAAGCAAGAAAAAUUCUAAAAAUAGGUCAUCUUGUAAACCCGAGGGAUCCAGUACUUCUUCAGUCUCUUGCUUUGCUGGAGUACAGGCACUCCACUGCAAAUGUUUCCAGGAUUUUGUUCAAGAGGGCAUCGGAGUUGGAUCCAAAGCAUCAACCCGUCUGGAUUAUUUUACCAACAGAAAGAAGAAUGGAGGUUCAUCUUCCUAAUUUCCAAAAGAUUUUAAUGCGUCAGAUUUAAUCCCUAAUCUUUACUCUGCAAAAACCAUUUUGGGUAUUUUGCUGCUGCUUCAAUUGCUGUUUUCUGCUUCACAUGGAUUCUCUCAGGUCCUGUAGCAGGUCUUACUCUGGUACAGAUUCUGCUACAGUCUCUGUUCUGGGUGCUGGAUUUGGUUUGCUGGGUUCUGGCUUUGUUGAGUUCAGGUCUGCUAGGGUCUGGUUUACAAAAGCUCGGGUUUCUGGU